AUGUAUGCCUCGGUGCCACGAGGAAGAGCUGGAAGCACCAGCACUGCGGGCCCUUCAAACGCCAACAAUAUCUAUGUCUCUCGCUCCGACCUAUGCGAUAAGUUUGACGUGAUGCGAACUUUGGUUUCAUUCUUUGGCCUUUCCGCCAAAUGCCAGAAACUGCCCAAGCUCCGCCAUCGUGAUCGCUGGCCAGUACAUACCUACCCUGAUUCCCUCUGGGGCAAAGCACCCAGCCAGGCUGAAAACGGGUACAAUAACGCUGUCAAGCAACUUUUUGACGUGUUGUGGCGCACGCUCGCUGCCUGGGAAGUGACAAUCGAACGCCAUCUCCUAGACUACAUUACUGAGACCAAUUUACAGCCACCAGUCACUGUGAAUUCCAUAGGUAUGCAUGCCUAG